AUGGCCUACCCUAUCAGAGGUGGCUCGAUCAAUCGAGGCGGGAUGAGCAAUCGCAUGGAGCAGGACCAAUAUCGCGCGGCAGCUUGUGCCGGUCUUUCUGCUGCAAUUGUCCAGUCCAGAUCAGCAACAAACGGCCAGGUUGACAGAAACAGGAUUGGAGGCCAACCCUAUCUUGUAACGUCAAAUCAAAACGAUCGACGUCCAUUAAUCGGCCCAGUCAAUCCUCAAACCACAGGCUCAUUUGCGAACAUGAAUCACAACAACUUUGAAAACAGACCCCUGCGGGAUGGGUUGAACCUCAACAACGGUCAAGCAAGAACGAUAUUGACUCCAAAUCCGAAUCAACACGCACACCAACAAGCUCAUCAUCUUGAUCAUCGUCAGCAACAGCCCAGCACUCAAUUUGUCUUCCGAUCAAACAAUCAUCUGCUCGCGGCAACCGGGCCGUAUGCUCAUCUUCAACCUCAAGCCAACAACAUCGGUCACCCUGUUCCCCUCCCAACCAACCGCUUGCCACCAGCCAUGCUGUUGGAUAUCGAACCAAUCAAUCAAAAGCACUCAGGCUUUGUUCUAGCAAACAAUCAACAACGACAGCCUCCUUUUCAUGACCCCAUCUCGGGGGGGGGCAAACAUCGCUCUGCCACACUGGCCUGUUGGGCAGAGCUCUGUAGCUAG